GGCAGUUUGGAGUUCUUGUUGGUUAUUUCGCUGUUUUGGCAUCGCACGGUUUUGGACAUCUAUUGCCAACAUUUCGUCUAUUCGAUGUUUUUACAUUCUUGUUAUAACAUUUGACGCGUCUUGGAUUCAGAUGUACUUCGUAGUUUCUCUCGGAGUUUACUAAAAGCUUGAAGUAAGAAUUCUCAAUUAUAUUGCAGCAGAGACAAGAGUGGCUGCCCUUCCAUCGAAGCAAUUCGACAUUUACACGUUUUGAUAGUACUCAGGGAUUUGAAGAAUUAUAUAAAAAUGCCGGCCGUCAAAGGGGAAGGGAUGCGCGGUCUGUCUGUUUUUAUAUCCGACAUCAGGAAUUGUAAAUCAAGGGAGUCGGAACUUAAACGGAUCAAUAAGGAACUUGCAAAUAUAAGAUCGAAAUUUAAAGGUGAUAAGCAGCUUGAUGGUUAUCAGAAGAAGAAGUAUGUAUGCAAGCUAUUAUUCAUAUUUCUGCUUGGACAUGACAUUGAUUUUGGGCACAUGGAGGCUGUCAACUUGUUGUCAUCGAAUAAGUACACAGAAAAACAAAUAGGUUACCUCUUCAUCUCCGUUUUAAUAAGUGCCAACAGUGACCUAAUGCGUCUUAUAAUUCAAAACAUCAAGAAUGAUUUAGCGAAUCGUAAUCCGGUACAUGUCAAUCUAGCAUUGCAAUGCAUUGCAAAUAUUGGAAACACCGAAAUGGUCGAGGCAUUUAGUAGUGAAGUCCCCAAAUUGAUAAUAUCUGGAGAGACAUCAGACAGCGUCAAACAGUGUGCAGCAUUGUGCCUUUUGCAUUUGUAUCGCAUCAAAAAAGACGUUCUCCAUCAAGCUGACUGGACGUCAAGAAUUGUGCAAUUGUUAAAUGAUAAACAUCUGGGUGUGGUGACCUCUGCGACGAGUCUAAUACAUUCACUUGUUCAACGUAGUCCGGAUGAAUUUCAAGGAUGUGUCCAAGUAGCUGUGGGGCGCCUAAGCAGAAUUGUGACAGCAUCAUACACAGAUCUUCAGGACUACACGUACUAUUUUGUACCAGCACCCUGGCUCUGUGUUAAACUUCUAAAAUUAUUACAACUUUAUCCACCUCCAGUUGAUGAUCCUGCAACAUUAGGAAGAUUAAAUGAAGCUCUUGAAGCCAUUCUUAAUAAAGCACAGGAGCCACCGAAGUCGAAAAAAGUGCAGCAUUCAAACGCCAAAAAUGCAGUGUUAUUCGAAGCCAUCAGUUUGAUCAUUCACAUGGACUGUGAACCAAGUUUACUUAUAAGGGCUUGCAACCAGCUUGGACAAUUUUUAACCCACAAAGAGACCUUAAUAAGAUAUUUAGCCUUGGAAGGACUCUGUGCGAUGUCUCAGUCAGAUUACUCGAGUGACGCUGUGAGAAAACAUCAAGAAACGAUUGUCAAGGCCUUGAAGGAUGAAAGGGAUGUCAGUGUACGUCAACGCGCAGCUGAUUUGCUAUACGCUAUGUGUGAUAAAACGAAUGCCGAAGAGAUUGUUUCGGAAAUGAUAGAGUAUUUAGAACACGCGGAUUACUCCAUACGAGAGGAAAUGGUUUUAAAGGUUGCUAUUUUGGCCGAAAAGUAUGCUACCGACUAUGAAUGGUAUGUGGAUACGAUCCUUAGUUUGAUAAGAGUCGCUGGAGACUAUGUGAGCGAAGAAGUGUGGUUCCGCGUGAUCCAAGUUGUUAUCAACAGAGAUGAUAUUCAAGGUUAUGCUGCUAAGACUGUUUUUGAAGCGUUACAAUCCCCCACUUGCCAUGAAAAUAUGGUUCGGGUAGGCGGGUAUAUUCUUGGCGAAUUUGGAAAUCUUAUCGCUGGAGAUCACAGGUCAAGUCCGAUGGUGCAAUUUAAUUUGCUGCACAGCAAAUUUCCAUUGUGCUCCUCGUCUACGCGAGGUCUUCUUUUAUCGACGUAUGUAAAAUUCAUUAACCUUUUCCCCGAAAUCAAACAGCAAAUUCAAGAGAUUCUUCAACAAAGCAGCAAUUUACGCAGCAGUGAUGCCGAAAUUCAACAGCGAGCUUUGGAGUAUUUCCAGCUGAGCUCUAUUGCAACCCAGGACGUAUUGGCAACUGUUCUGGAGGAAAUGCCACCAUUUCCUGAGCGGGAGAGCUCUCUUUUAGCAAAAUUAAAGAAAAAGAAAGCGCUUGCAGCAGGUAUUCCCGAGGAAGAGGAGGCAGAGGCAAACAAACCAACAAUAAACGGCCAUGUCAGUCCAGAGCCGGUUACCACACCUGCGCCGGCAACAGAACCCACGGCCGCGAUUCCAGCACUUAUUUACAAUCAAAGUCCUCAACCAGCGGUGCAAAAUAACGCUAGUGCUGGUUUGCUGGUUGAUGUAUUUGAAACAAGCUCGAGUACAGUCCACAGUAGCGCACCGACCACAUUGUCCCCAGGUGCCGAGGGUAAUCUUAAGAAGUUCGUGUGUAAGAAUACGGGUGUGGUUUUCGAAAAUGACAUUCUCCAGAUUGGAUUAAAAUCGGAAUAUAAGGAUUACUUUGGUCGGCUGGGUUUAUUUUAUGGUAACAAAACGUCGUCACAGUUUGCAGGUUGGCGAACAACUUUACAUCUUCCUGGUGAACUUACAGAUAAACUAAAAGUUGAACUAAAGCCGGUGGCUCAAACAGUGGAGGGAGGCGCUCAAAUACAACAACAAGUCAGUGUGGAAUGUGACAAUGACUUUAUAGAACAACCCAUAUUGGAUAUAAACUUCACGGUAAAUGGAAUAAAUCAGAGAAUAACAUUAAAAUUACCAGUCUUUCUUAACAAGUUUUUCAAACCGUCAGUCAUGGCUGCUCAAGAUUUCUUCUCUCGUUGGAAACAAUUAUCAAACCCAGGUCAAGAGUCGCAGAGUGUGUUUCAAGCAGCAUUUCCAAUGGAUUCUGAAACGGUUAAAACAAAGCUUAUUGGAUUUGGAUGUGGUGUAUUAGAAAAUGUUGACCCGAAUCCGGAUAACUAUGUUUGCGCUGGUAUAAUAGGAACUAAAGCGACCCAGGUUGGCGUUCUUAUUCGAUUGGAACCAAAUUCGUCUUCGCAGAUGUAUCGUCUUACUAUCCGUACACCAAAACCAGCAGUCUCGUCUCAUCUUUGUGAAAUAUUGAACAGUCAAUUGUAAUGAACAUCAAUUUUAGUACUUUAAUAAGAAUGACUGAUUGCAUUUUACGAAACAGACGUCGCGAGUUCCUGGUUUCCUAGAGCUAGCCCGACGAAUUUUUAUAAAUACAUUUUAAUAUGGCUUAUAGAUAGAAAAUCUAAUAAUUUGAUGAUAAUGAUCUCAAUCAUAAUGCCCAAUAUUAUCUAUGAUAGUGUCAUAGUAAUUGAUAUAUACAUCAUCCAUUUGGUUAAAAAAUGCUCAAUAUUAUUCUGUGUUUAUUAGAUAACUCUGUCUCUGAUUUUGUGUAACGAACCAGGUCGCCAAUCAUGAAUAAUAAAGUAUCACUACUUGG